UUUUACAAAUGGCGUCUCCGACAUCUUUUUCUCGAAAGUAGCCUUGUCGUCCGUAUCCUCUGUGUAGAAAGUGUUUGUAGUGUGUAAAUUAAAUUGUUUUUAUCAAAAUGGUCGACAAAAUCGAAAUGAGUCUCGACGACAUAAUAAAAACGACCAAAGGUCGGGGCCGCGGUGGUAGAAGAGGCGGCAGAGGGGGGCAAAGCAUCAGGGGCCAACAACAACGUCGGUCGGGCCCCAGCGGAGGCGGCAAUCCCAGAAGGGGCGGCGGCUCGCAACGAGGCCGCGGCGGCGCUAGAGGCGGCGGCAUUUCGCGCUCCUACAUUCGAGGCGACGUAAACAGUGCAUGGAAGCACGACCUGUUUGAAGGUUUCGGUGCCCGCAAAGUGGCUGCCGCUAGGGCCGUAGUUACAUCUACAAUGGGGGCCAAACUCAUGGUUUCGAACCUUGACUUUGGCGUGUCCGAAUCCGACGUGCAGGAAUUGUUCGCGGAAUUCGGGCCCCUCAAAAGUGCCGCGGUGCACUAUGAUAGAUCGGGUAGGUCUUUGGGUACCGCCGAUGUGAUUUUUGAGAGAAGGAACGACGCCAUCAAAGCCAUGAAGCAAUACAAUGGGGUACCUUUAGAUGGAAGAGCUAUGAACAUUCAGCUUGCCACUAGUGAAAUUCCCACGCCCCCCAGACGAGUUGGAGGAGAGAGAAGAUUUAAUAGUCCUAGGAGUCCGCGAGGGGCCAAAGGGCCCAUGCGUCAAAAUAGAGGAGGAUCUAUGAGAGGUCGUAGAGGAGCAGGCAACAGGAACCAGAACCGGAAACAACCUACUGCCCAAGAAUUAGACGCCGAGCUAGAUGCCUACACUAAAGAAAUGAAGUAGGCUUGCUUUUAGGGGAGGGGCCCUCUAAAACGAAGAAAUGUGUUAUUUUUUUAAAAUUAAUUUUGGUUUUUAUUUAAUCUUUUUUCACUCCUUUCCUGUUCAAAAUGUAGUUGAUUUUUUGAGUGCUAACAGUCCGGAUCUGAUGUGUUAAACUUAACGAAAUAAAAAAUUUGUUUAAAUUGUAGUUUAGUUUGUAUUAUAAGACUAGUAUUAAUGCGAAUAGAACGAUAAGAUGAUUAAUAAGAAUAUAGUUUAAGUAA